GAAAGGACUGCACAAAACAGAAGGAGUUACUGACGACUAUAACGAAGUACAACAACAGUACAUCAAUAAUUGCUGCCACAAUGUACGGGUUUAGAUUUGAGGGAGAUGUUUACAUCACUAUAGCCUGUGAAGUUGGUGUUUUCCCAGAGAAUCCUGACCAUAAAAUAUGCAAAAAUUCAUCAAGACGAAAAAGGGACACCGAAAUAACGAAAAGGGAUGUUGUAGAAACUGCAAUACACAGGAAGAACAUUAACGGAAAACUAAGAAUACUUGACUAUCCAUCUGAAUAUGGAAAUUCGGCCAGUGUAACUGGAGGUUCAUUUAAAUGGAGCAUGCUUUCCCUUGGAAUAAUGAUUUCGUCGCUUCUUUGCAGCAUAUAUAAAUGAAGGGACAUUUGAAACAGAAUUAUUUCAUUCUUUUAUGCCACAUUGUCAUUGUCUAUAUUUUUUUACUGUUUUUGUACAUUUACAGUUGACAAAGCAUUAAAACUUGAUUAAGAAACGUAUUAAAUAUUAUGCGGUUUUAUAUUUCAUCAAAAUUACCAAAUUUAGUUUUACAGAAACAAAACGUUA